AUGUCAGGAUUGCUCGAUGUAGCACAAAAAGCAUAUCUUACUGUGAGAGAGCGCGCAACUCCGAAGAGGACCCAAUCGGCGCAAACAACUCAGUCAGCGCAGGCAACCCAGCUGGCGCCAACACAAACGGUGCGAGUGCACACGAAGAAUGCGUUGGCAGUCGCGUUCUUCAAAGACGGUCGACGGGUCGUCACUGCUUCAGAAGAUAAAACCCUGCGAAUUUGGGACGUGGAAAAAAGAGCAUUGGUGGGAGGGCCAUUCGAGGGACACAGUGACUGUGUGAUUUCAGUCGCUGUAUCACCAGACGAUAGGCGAAUUGCAAGUGGUGGAGGAGAUAGAACCAUCAUCAUCUGGGACGUCGAUAGCAAGCAGAUGGUAUUCAAACCGCUGGUGAAGCAUAGAGGCCGGGUUCGGUCGGUAUGUUUCUCUCCCGAUGGCAAGAGACUCGCAAGUGGGGCAUAUGAUGAAAAAGUUAUGAUUUGGGAUGCGGAGACUGGCGCUGUUCUCUCAACGCUUUGGUGUAGGAGCCCGGUGAACUGUGUCGCCUUCAGCCCCAAUGGGCUAAAAUUAGCAUCCAGCGGAGCGUUUGGUACCAUUCGGAUUUGGAGCACCGAUAACGCCGAGCUUCUUCUCAAGAUUGACGCUCACCAAGAUUUCGUUCAAAGUGUUGUGUGGUCGCCCGAUGGCCAGCAACUUGUCUCUGCAUCACAUGGCAAAACAAUCAAGUUUUGGGACUCGUUGAAUGGGACCCAGAUCGGUCUACCUUACACCGGUCACACUUCCUACAUCCGCUCACUAGCCGUUUCUUCUGAUGGCUGCUUCAUUGCAUCUGCCUCACAAGAUAAGACUGUGCGCCUGUGGGAUACAAAAUCACAACAGCAGAUAGGACAGCCACUCAAGCACACCGUACAUGUUUCCUGCGUCGCCAUUUCUCCCAACGGAGACCUGCUCGCGAUUGGGGACAAUGAUGGGAAUCUUCAGCUCUGUAAGGUGAAGUUGGGCCUAAAGCUUUAUGCGGAGGCCCUUUCGGAUGCGGAAAAGGUCAUUGAGAUCAACCCUUCGUCUUAUCUCGGGUACGAACUAAUGCAUGCAGCGCUUCGUACAGCACAGCGCUAUCAUGCAUUCGAGGCCUUCACAACAAUGCUCUUCAAGUUGGACAAUACAUCCGACUCACAGAUACGACAGCUGUGCCAGCGAUACGUCAGUUCAUCUGAAAGAUGCGCAGAUCAACGCAUUCACGGAGAGUACAUGGUACGAAGAGCUUUUGUAUUCAUCGGAGUGCGUGGACCCCUCCAAACGGAACUCAUCAAAGAAGCGGUCGCGAAGUACUUCAGUUGGGUCAUGUUAUCCCAUAGGUGGGAAAGGAAGGAGCCGCUCUUGCACGACAUUCAGGGCAGGGGCAUAUAUGACCUGGAUCCGGUCGGAACCAUUGUGAAGUUGCAGAUGUUCUGCAAAGUCGCUCGUGGCUCAGGUCAUCGCUGGGCGUGGAGUGACACGUGCUGCAUCGACCAGAACAACAAUGUGGAGCUCGGAGCAUCAGUCAACUCGAUGUUCAUCUGGUAUCACCACUCAGCGCUCACCAUCGUCUACCUAUCCGAUGUUCUUCCUUUGUCAGAAUCUGGUGCGCUCGCAAAUAGCAUUUGGAACACGCGAGGAUGGACAGUUCAGGAGUUCCUCGCUCCUAAAAUUGUUCUCUUCUACCAAGCAGAUUGGUCCCUAUAUCUCGACGACCGCUCACGCAACCACAAGGAAUCUAUCAGUAUCAUGAGCGAGUUAGAGCGUUCAACUGGCAUAAAUGCGCGGGCGCUCGUUGCCUUCCGCCCAGGGAUGAGAGAUGCCCGAGAGAAACUCCAAUAGGCAUCAACGCGUGUCACCACGUUGC